GGCUUUGGCGAUGGAUUUUAUGUAAUAGGAUUGCGAGGUUUUUGUCAUGGAAUGCUCGUCUUUCCGACUACUUUGGAAUUAUAGGCGAAGGAGAGGGAGAUUUCUAGAUUUGUCCCUGAAGAAAUCUCCAUGGGUGAAUCCUUCAUGACCUCUUUGACCAUGGAGAAACACUACCCAUCGAUCUUCUUAUCCAUGGAACCCUUUAGCACCAGCGCCACUGCCAUGGCUGCAUCCCACAAGGAAUCCGAGCGCGAACUAAUCAUCCUACAGAGGCAGAAGAUAUCCCUUUCCCUUCCCGCGCCUGACAUCAAUCUUCCCCUCUCUGCUGAUCGCUCCGCCUUGCCAUGGAGCUCGGAUUCAUGCGAGAGACUUGACGCCAGCCUUGGUCCACAUGCCAAUGAGACUGAAGCCACCAUCUUCCAUCUCCAAAAGGAGAGCAGCCGAAAGUGCACAAAGAGGGGGGAAAGCAUUUGGGGGGCAUGGUUUUUCUUCAAUUUCUACUUCAAACCCAUUCUUUUGGAGAAAUCCAAGGGCAAGAUCACACAAGAUGGAAAUGGACUCUCUGGUUUUGACAAAUUUGAUCUAAAACUUGAUGUUUUCCUGGUUCAGCAUGACAUGGAGAACAUGUAUAUGUGGGUUUUCAAGGAGAGGCCCGAUAAUGCGUUGGGAAAGAUGCAGCUUCGGAGCUACAUGAACGGGCACUCUCGGCUUGGCGAGCCACCGUUCCCUUUCACUGCUGACAAGGGGUUUGUUCGAUCCCACCGGAUGCAGCGCAAGCAGUACAAAGGGAUAUCAAAUCCACAGUGUAUUCAUGGGGUAGAGGUCGUGAAAUUGCCUAAUUUGGCUGCUGUUGCAGAGGCCGAUCAGAAGAAGUGGGUGGAGCUUACUGGUAGGGAUCUAAAUUUCUCCAUACCGCCCGAAGCCUGUGAUUUCAGUUCAUGGAGAAAUCUCCCUGGUGCUGAUUUAGAGAUUGAGAGACCUCCUCCUCUAUCAAAAAGCAACUUUCUUGUCUCUCCUAGGAGAUUGCUAAAUGAUUCUGGGUUGAACCAGUUGAAUCAGGAAGGUGAUAUGAUGAUUCUAUCUCCAAUAAACCCGAAGCGCAGAAAGGAUUCACCCCCACAAGCCAUGGAUGAAGAUUGUUGCUUGCCUGUAAAUUCCUAUUCCGAUAGGCCUCAUGAUAUGGACUUGCAUCAAGGCGAGCCUUCAUGGAUCAAUCAUUUUAGUGGUGUGAUGAGACAUGUAUGUGGUCCAGUUACUGCUGCCAAAACAAUAUAUGAAGAUGAUAAUGGUUAUCUCAUAAUGGUGACCCUGCCUUUCUCAGAUCAACAUAGAGUGAAGGUUUGUUGGAGGAAUGGUCUUACUCAUGGAAUAGUGAAGAUAUCUGGUAUCAGCACUGCUCGAAUGCCUCAUAUAAAGAGACAUGACCGAACUUUUAAGCUGACAGACCCUUCCCCUGAGCAUUGCCCUCCUGGAGAGUUUGUCAGAGAAAUUCCUCUUGCCACUCGAAUUCCUGAAGAUGCUAGGAUGGAAGCAUAUUAUGAUGAGACCGGCACCAUUCUAGAGAUCAUGGUUCCCAAACGUGUUUCUGAGACAGAAGAGCACGAAGUUCAUGUCUCUAUGCGUCCCCCACAUCUUGGAACAAAUGAUCUUAUGCUGACUUGAGUAUGUUAAACUUGUGAUUGAGUACUUUUACUGCUUAAAAUUGUGAUUUCUCCAUGAAAUCAAGAAUUCUUCCGUCAUCUCACUUUGUUUGGUUAGAAUUUGAUGGAGAACACAAUCGAAACUCAAAGGAGAUUGGUAUGGUUUUACUAUUUCUAUGUUACUGUCCCUUAAAUCAAUUUGGUUUCUUAGAUUUUCUUGUUGGAAGAGCUUUCUGCUGUCUACUGUAACCUGUAGAUAACUUGUAGUUCCCUUUCUCUACUGAAGUUCAACAAUUUUUUUUUAAAUGCCAUGUUCAGUAUAGUUAUAGGCGGAGGAUUAUCUAUUUUUCCUUCUCUUUUUCGCUUGAAAGGACAAAAAAUUAUCAAUGUUGUUCAAAUAAAAUGUUCUAAUGGAAUCAUUUCUAUUAGUUA